AUGGAUCUAGCAGAGAAGUCCCAGCGAGCAACCUUCUUGUUCGUCAAGGAGGAGGAGGAGGAGGAGGAGGAGGACGAUGAGGAAGAGAAGCAGCAGAAACAACAACAGCAGCAGCAGCACAAGGAGGGAGAGAAGCAAUCCAAAGGCAAGGACAAGAACCCAAAGGCCCCAACAACGACGACGCAUCCGAAACAGGCAGCCACUCGUUCCAUUUCCGGCAGUGGGGAAGAAAGGAGCAGGUGGUGUACCAUACUGUAG